CUGUCAGCAUGAAGAAACAAUCGACCAGAGUGCGGUUACCUGUGUUUGUGUUCAUCGCAGAGGUGAUUAUUGUUGCCUUGUAUGCAGCAUUUGUUACGUAUGAUGAAGAGGCUGAUGCCAAAUUUCAGACUAAUCAGACCAACCCUAUGCACAAUGCAGUGUACAGGGACUACCCUUUCUUUACAGACAUACACUUCAUGAUAUUCGUGGGUUUCGGGUGCCUGCUGGCAUUUUUCCGAUUUUAUGGUUUUGGGGGGAUGGUUUUCAACUUCCUCACAGCUACUUUUGCCAUCCAGUGGGCCAUUCUGGUGCAGGGCUACUUCCAGUUCAGCCAUGAUGGUAAGAUCCACCUCGGAGUGAUCAAUCUCAUAAAUGCAGAGUUUGCCUGUGCUGUGGUGCUGAUAUCGUAUGGGGCAGUGCUGGGGAAGACCAGUCCUUUGCAGAUACUGGUUAUGGCUCUGCUGGAGGUUCCUGUGUUUGCCGUCACAGAAUGGGUUGUGCUUAAGUAUCUGAAGAUCAAUGAUGCAGGAGGCUCCAUUCUCAUCCAUCUCUUUGCCUGCUACUUUGGCUUGGGUGUCACUUUUGUGCUGUACAGGCCUAGUCUAAAUGAAGGUCACGCAAAGGAGAACACAAGUUACCAUUCUGACAUCCUGUGUCUAAUGGGGACCUUGUUCCUCUGGGUGUUCUGGCCCUCCUUUAACUCAGCUUUAGUCCUGAAAGGAGACGAUCAGCACAGGGCUAUCCUCCACACUUUCAUUGGACUAAGUGCCUCUACACUUACAGCCUUUGCACUCUCUGCUAUGCUAAAUAAAAAUGGCAAGCUUACCAUGGCUGAUAUUCAGAACGUGACCCUGGCUGGAGGUGUGACAGUCGGGGCAUCUGUGGAUAUGAUGAUAUCACCUGUAGCUGCAUACGCUCUGGGUGUAAUAGGGUGUAUUGCAUGCAUGCUGGGCUACAAGUAUUUGAGCCCUAUCUUGGCACGACGUUUGAGGAUCCAAGAUCAGUGUGGCAUUCACAACUUGCAUGGACUAACCGGACUUAUAUCCUGCACUGCAGGGAUAUGUGCCAUACUGACAGCUAGUGAGGAGGUUUACGGCCCCAGUUUCUAUGAGAUCUUUGCCCACAGAGCACCAGUGGAAGGGGACCCCAAGCUACAAGAGCUACGGAUGGUGAUUCCCGGUUUAAAGGCAGGUUUGGGGAGGACUGCCCAAAAACAGGCUCUCUUCCAGGUUGCAGCUAUAUUCUCCACCAUAGGACUGUCAGCGCUGGGAGGCAUACUCACAGGCUUUCUCUUGAGGCUGCCAUAUUUUGCAUCUCCGUCUGACGAUUUCUGUUUUGACGACGAGCCAUUUUUUGAAGUUCCUCCUGACUAUGAUUCACCAGUCAGACUUAAACACAGCAACACAAAUAGUGUAGAAGACUCUACUGUGUGAUGCUCAGCAGCCAAGGACUGUCAGUGCAUUUAACUGGCAUGAUACAGGAAAUAUAUAUAAAUGAGGCUAUGUUAUUGUUUGAGAGUAAAGAAAAUUAUUGCAAUGAUGGAAAUCUGUGUUAUAGUAAUUUUUUUUUUUCUUUUUGUAUAUUAAUUUCAUUGUAAAUUAUAUUUCACUAGUGAUCACAGUGAUGAUACGGUCCAGCACAGCCUUAUAUUGAUGGUAAAUAUGUUAUUCGUUUCCAUGUAUGUAAACAUUUGGGAAACUGUGUGUUAAAGAGCAAAUUAGACAUUUUUUUUUUUUUUUUCUACGAACCUUUGUAACCUUUGUAAUAUUACUAAUUAAUGGUCUACGGGGGAACAAGAUAAACAGCUUAGAGCAGCGGUGUCUAUAUUUAUUAACAGAAACUCACCUGGGGGCCAACAUUUCUUCUUGCC